ACCGGUCGCAUGCUGAUGUCGGCUAUUUUAUGAAAUCUCCACUUUCCAAAACACCAGAAAUACGGGGAAAAUAUGGCAACUCAGAGGCUGCAGUCAGCCACAAUCCCCCCCGUCUUCUAAUUGAGACAACAGCGACCAUCUUUUGAUCAUGGAAUUAAGGAUUCAAGAGAAUAAACGGAGUGCAAAGCUUUUGAGAGAGAAAGAGAACGUUCGUAACCUCACGUUGCAUUUCAGCAACAGACUGACAUUUCAUUGCCAACAGGCAUACAUAAUUGGUGUAGCCUARAUUGGUGAAUUAUCUUUUAGUUAUAGUGAAUUAGAACGUUCUGCUUUGCAAACGGUCUGACAGGUAAACAUCCAUAUACGUKAAUUUUUUCCAUGUCGUCGUCUCAUUGAAUAGGAGAGAAAAAUGAGUGAACAGAGUAUCUGCCAAGCCCGCGCRUCGGUCAUGGUGUACGAUGACGCCAGUAAGAAGUGGGUGCCAAUCAAGCCGGGACAGCAGGGCUUCAGCCGCAUCAACAUCUACCACAACACGGCCAACAACACCUUCCGCGUGGUCGGGGUCAAACUACAGGACCAGCAGGUAGUGAUCAACUACUCCAUAGUAAAGGGGCUGAAGUAUAAUCAGGCCACACCCACCUUCCACCAGUGGCGUGAUGCCAGGCAGGUGUACGGUCUCAACUUCGCCAGCAAGGAGGAGGCCACCACCUUCUCCACCGCCAUGAUGUUUGCCCUCAAUAUGCUCAGCUCGCAAGACGGAGGCUGCUACUUAUAUGCUGUUGGGAGGGGAAGUCCGGUGACGGCUCCAUUCCGUCCCCUAGCCUUCCUAUUGGUGCACAGCCUGGCUAAAAUACCCAUGGAGCCAAACUGUCUUAGACCGCCAAAUCUCACAUGGCACUCUCCUUUUUUGGGGGAACCUUUGAGGUGACCGGAGUGGGCCACGUUGGAGGUGAGCUGAGCUAUGGGGCUCCUCAAGCAAACCCAAGGUGCUUCUUCGGUCCAGGGAACGCAGUCGCAGGCAUUCUCCUGCUUUAUACAUGCUACUGGGGUCCCAUGUUGGAUCACCCGACUCGUGGCUAAUGCUAUUCGAGUAGUCUGGCCAYCUGCCUGACUAGAAGCCAUAGUUAGUACGUAUACUGCAUACAGUAAUAGCUUGCUAAAGACAUUGUAAGAACAGCAGAGAGGGUUUCA